AUGCUGCAAAGAACCAUUCUCCGCGCAUCAAGACAACAGGCUGCCCGCCAAAUACGGGCCUUUACGCCACUACGUCAGCAAUCUCCCAUCAUCACACGAGCAGCAGCCACGCCUGCCAUUAGAUGGUACUCAGAUGCUGCGCCGGCAAAGGAGGGCGAGGCAGCCGAGAAGAAGGAGGAUGCGCCCGCAGAAAAGAACGAAGUGGCGCAAUUGAAGGAGCAGCUGGAGAAGAAGGACAAGGAGAUUGUCGACCUGAAGGACAAAUACCUACGCUCCGUCGCCGACUUCCGUAACCUCCAAGAGCGCACAAAGCGCGAAAUACAAGGUGCAAAGGACUUUGCCAUUCAGCGCUUUGCCCGCGACCUCGUAGAGUCGGUCGACAACCUCGACCGCGCCCUCGGCACCGUUCCCCAGGAGAAGCUCAAGUCGGACAACACCGACCUGAUUGCCCUUCAUGACGGCAUCAAGAUGACCGACAACAUCCUCAUAAACACGCUCAAGAAGCACGGCCUGGAGCGAUUCGACCCCUCGGAGGCGGCAGAGAAGUUCGACCCCAACAUCCACGAGGCGGUUUUCCAGGCCCCGCAGCCAGACAAGGAGGACGGCACUUGCUUCCAUACACAGCAGAAAGGCUUCAAGCUCAACGGCAGGGUACUGCGACCAGCCAAGGUUGGCGUUGUAAAGAACGCAUAA